AUGACGCGUAAUCGUUCCACGAGAAGAUAUUUCGUGUGGGGGGAGAUCGAAAUUACUUUCCGAGAAUCUGAUUUCUCGAUAAAUUACAUUCAUCUGCGAGCCACACUGCGCAGGUACAGAUGUAGAAAUCGAAUGAUUGCCCUGCAGGUGUUCGACCCACUGCCGACAACACCUGUGCCAUCUGUGAACUUUAGCUCUCUUCUAGCCAUUUGCGUUAAUUCAGGAACACCUUUACUUCACCGCACAACUUCAAACUCUUUUACUUUCCGAGUGAUAUUAUAUAAAGACGGAUAUGAUGUAAUGUCCAUUCAGAUUGAGAAGUACUUAACGAUGGUUUCGAAGCGGCAAAAAAUCCUCGCGCCGCUACUGUUCCUCCUCAUCUUCCUUUUCUUGCGCCCUGCCAACGACGUCAAAAUUAGUCAAAAAACGAUCAUCCAAGAAAUUAAGGCCAUGGAGCAGUCGCUGAGGAAGCGCGAUCAAGAUAUCGUUUUCGACGAGAUUAACGCCGAUUCCGCGAGGCGAGAAGAGGACGACGGGCAGUUCCCCUUUCAGAUUUCUCAUCGACGAGCCUCACUUCUGCGCCGAGACCUUCUCGUCUUGAACAUGAUGCCGGUGAGCGUGGGCGACGCCGAGGCCCGGGCGCGGGUGAGGAGGAUGUGGGGAGCCAGGGAGGUCGUGGCCUCGACCAGGCUCCGGCCUCUGUUCCUGGUGGGGGAGUCCCGUGACGCCGAGCAGCAGCGCCGCCUUCAGGACGAGAGCGACGAGUACCACGACGUGAUCCAGGUGGGCUUCGUUGACUCGUACCUCAACCUGACGCUGAAGACCCUGUCGGCGCUGCACUGGAAGCACACGCGCUGCCGCCACGUCCCUUGGCUGCUCAAGAGCGACGCCGACGUCUUCAUGAACCCUUGGUCCGUCUCGGAAACCCUUCAAAAAGCAACCGAGGACAUUGUCUGCCGCGUGCUGUAUGCCAGAAUCGUGUGUCGACCUCACACCUGCAAAGACAAGAGAUGGAUCAUCCCACCUGAGUUAUAUCCCCACGACCAUUACCCCCCCUACUGCAACGGCCCGGUCUACGCCGUCAACCAGAAUUUCAUCCAAACAGUCCUACCCGCCGCGUCUGCCAAAAACCCUUUCCCGAUGGAGGACGCCUACUUCACGGGCAUCCUCGUCCAGGGCACAGGUCUCCGCUACAAGGACAUCGCCAAACGCUGCCAACUCUACCACCUGCGAGAGCCCUCCCCACAAACCAUUGCCACG